UAAAUUGCAACGUCCACUAACUUGUCAGUGUCAAUUAGGCUAGGCUAAGGUUCUGGGUUCAAUUUUCUGUUUUACUUGUUAAUUUUAAUGUUUUGAAUUUUAGUUUUUGUUUGUUCUUUUAUUUUUAAUAUUCAGGUAAGGUUUAUGCAGUGUUAAUACAAUGUUUGAUGGUUAUGCCAACCAAGUACAGCAGGAACCGAACCCUGCACCGCCUCCUCCGAAAGUCUUAAGAUUUGAUAAAGGAUAUGUGAAGACACUUCCUGGGAUAUUGAAAAUAGUACAACUGUUGUGCAACCUCAUAGGAUUCAUAUGUUUGAAAGUGUCAUGGGCAUGGCUGUCAUCAAUCUUCUACAACAUACUGUACUGGGUGGCCAACAUUGUCACGCUGUUUCUCUUCUGCAUGUACAUGUUCCACUUUGUGGAUAAAUAUGACAGAUUGCCGUGGAUGAAGUUCGAGUUCUUCUACUGUGGUGUUGUGGUACUCGCUUAUAUUAUAUUGUCAAUUAUUGCAACAACUGUUGGAGAAAAUGGAUAUGCUGUUGGGUUCUUUGGGCUGUGCGCUAUUAUAGCAUACGGCUACGACGGCUACCUGAAAUACAGGUCAUGGAAGCGAGGUCUGCCCCCACAGUGACCCUACACAGACAACACCAAUUUCAAUUAGUUUUAUUUAGGUUAAGAUUUAUAUUAACUGUUAAGUUUCAACCAAAC